GACAGUUCGUCAGCAGCGAAGAGAAUUGAAGAUGGCGGGCACUGGUCUGGUUGACGUAAAAUUUCCUGUCGGGUCUUUGGUACCAAAAGCUGAGACAAACUGUUUGAAUUUUUUGCAAAAAUAUCCGGAAUAUGAUGGCCGAGACGUGACGAUUGCGAUUUUUGAUUCUGGCGUGGAUCCUCGUGUAGCUGGGUUGCAGACAUUAGCGGAUGGGAGCGUGAAAGUGAUUGAGCGCUUCGACUGUUCAGGAUGCGGCGAUACAGAUAUGAGCAAGAAAGCAGUGGCUGAUGACAAGGGCUCGUUAGUUGGUGUUUCGGGAAGAACGCUCAAGCUCACCUCAUUUAUGAGAUCCAAGAAUAAGGACGGCAAUGAAUAUCGCAUUGGCUCAAAAAGUCUUCACGAUUUAUAUCCGUCUAAAAUACGAGAGAAGGUAGCGAAUGAUGAGAAAUGCAAGUUUUGGGACCCACAUCACAAAACUGCCACUGCAGAAGCUCUACGUCAGCUGCACAACUUCGAAUCGAACUUACCGGAUGCCCAGAAUAUGAAUCUUAAGGAAAAAUUAUGCAAGGAAGAUUUGGAGGGUUAUUUAGACCUUCUAAACAAUGUAGAAAAGAAAUAUUCAGAAUGCAAAAUCCCUUACGAUUGCGUCCUCUUCAGAAGUGAUGACUGCUGGUACGCUGUUAUUGACACAACCGAAAUGGGUGACCUAGAAAAUGCAGUAAUAAUUGGCGAAUACUCGAAAACGCACGAAGUCAAAAAUAUCGACAGUUAUUUAUCCGUGUCGGUCAAUGUACAUGAUGAAGGCAAUGUUCUGGAAAUAGUGGGCAUGUGUUCUAGUCAUGGAACCCAUGUUGCGUCAAUUGCUAGCGGUAAUCAUUCUGACAAGGAACUGGAUGGUGUGGCGCCAAAUGCGAGAAUCGUUUCGUUAACAAUUGGCGAUGGGCGUUUAGGAUCAAUGGAGACCGGAACGGCAUUGGUGCGAGCUAUCAUAAAAGUUAUGGAACUUUGCAAUUCUGGGACGAAGAUUGAUGUAAUCAAUAUGAGCUACGGAGAACAUGCAGCAUGGUCGAAUAGCGGUCGAAUAGGGGCUCUUAUGAAUGAAGUAGUGAAUAGAUAUGGUGUUGUAUGGGUCGCUUCAGCAGGCAACCAUGGCCCAGCUUUGUGUACUAUUGGAACUCCACCGGAUAUAAGUCAGCCAAGUUGUAUUGGUGUGGGCGCAUUUGUCUCUCCUCAAAUGAUGGAGGCCGAAUAUGCACUUCGAGAAAGAUUACCUGCCAACGUGUACACCUGGACAUCUAGGGAUCCCUGCAUUGACGGUGGACAAGGAGUGACAGUAUGUGCUCCCGGAGCCGCUAUAACAUCCGUUCCAGAAUAUACGAUGGCUCGUGCCCAAUUAAUGAAUGGCACAAGUAUGGCAGCACCACAUGUCGCUGGAGCAAUAGCAUUGUUGGUAUCCGGCUUGAAGCAAAGAAAAAUAAAAUAUUCGCCAUACAGUAUAAAGCGCGCUAUUUGGAAUACAGCGACACGAUUAGAAUAUGUAGAUCUAUUUGCUCAAGGCAACGGUCUGCUCAAUGUCGAAAAGGCGUUUGAGAAUCUUGUUCAAUAUGCCGAUCAUCCGGAAAAUUUAAUUAGAUUCUCCAUCCGAGUUGGAAAUCAGAAUGCUAAGGGGAUUCAUGUGAGGCAAGGAGUGCUCAAGAAACCAGUUGAAUACAAUGUCAACAUUGAACCGGUCUUCUUUAACGAGAAAGAAACAGCACCAAAGGAUAAAAUAAACUUCAAUGUUCGCUUGGCUCUAUCAUCAACAGAGUCAUGGGUUCAAUGCGGAAGCUUUUUAGAUUUAUGCUAUGUGAGUCGAAGCAUAUUAGUGCGAAUUGAUCCUGCAGGGUUAGCGCCAGGCGUACACAGAGCCAGCAUUAAGGCUUAUGAUACAGCUUGUAUUGAAAAAGGUGCAUUAUUCGAAAUUCCUGUGACUGUUGUUCAGCCAAUUGUUUUAACUGUUGAUAAUCAACAAAAACAUAUCCUGGAAAACACUGCUGAUUUCAAGCCAAAUACUAUUUUGCGAUCUUUUGUAUUAGUACCACCAACUGCAACUUGGGCAGUGUUGCGAAUGGUAUCAACUACUGAACGGGAUAAUAACUCAAGCAAAUUCUUUGUUCAUACAAUGCAAAUCUUACCCUAUCGAUUUUGUAAAUCCAUGGAAACUAUGAAAAUCCUUCCAGUGAAUAAUCAGAAUGAAACGGUGCAUGCGUUUAAAUGCGAAGAAAAUAACAUACUGGAACUCUGCAUUGCCAAAUAUUGGUCAAAUUUCGGAGACACACGAUUAAGGUUUACGUUAGAAUUCCAUGGUAUUACAGCGAGUAGAAAUAGCCAUAUAAUGCACAGCGCUUGUGGAAUUCACCGUAUAGACAUAACGGCACUCGGAACUGAGGAGGUUAGUCCCGGAGCACAACUUAAAACCGGAACAAUGGUCUUGAAGCCAAGCGAAACUAAAGUAUCGCCAUUGACUAGUCGAGAUGUUCUACCAGACGGACGACAGAUUUAUCAAAAUAUAUUAACAUAUAAUUUACAUUUGGCGAAAGCGCAAGAAGUUGCCAUACAUUGUCCAAUUUUGUCUUCUGUACUAUAUGAAUCAGAAUAUGAAUCGCAAUUUUGGAUGUUAUUUGAUUCAAACAAAAUGGUCGCGGCUUGCGGCGAUGCCUAUGCGUAUUCUCAAUACACCAAACUUGAAAAGGGCGAUUAUGUAAUAAGACUUCAGGUACGCCACGAGAAAAAAGAUAUCCUGGAGAAAAUAUCGGAAGCGACAAUGGCUGUAAUAUUUAAAUUGCAAUCACCAAUUACAUUGGACAUAUAUGAACACUAUAAUCAAGCCAUUGUUGGGGGGAAAAAGUCAUCAUCAUUCCAGCUUGGUGCUUCCGCGGCUAAAACACUUUACGUGUCGCCCUUGAGCAACGAAAAGCUUAAUAAAUCUUCGUUACCCGCACAGUGUUCUUGGUUAAGCGGUUCAAUCGCAUAUGUUAAAGAUGAAAUCGGUCGCAAAUGCGAUAAUAAUUGUUUCCAAUACAUUCUCACUGAGGGACCAGCAGUGAAAAAGAAUGGCUCUAGUCCGAAAAAGAAUUCGAAUAAUAAGUCUAAAUCGGAGGAGUAUAAAGAAGGGUUACGGGAUUACCAAUGUUCGAUGAUAUCAAAACUUGAUCUCGAAACUGGUGAACAGGUUUACAAAGAAGUGAUCGCCGCUUUUCCAAACCACUUUCCAGCAUAUUUAGCCUUCGUUCAGUUACUGGAGUCAACAGAUAAUACAGUAAACUUUCCGUUUACUUUCCAAAAGUCCAUUGCAGUUAAUACAAAGGAAAAAGAGAAAAUCGAAACACUUUCAACCAUUUCUAUAUUAAAUCGAAUCGUGGAAUUGUCAUCAGUUGUGAUAAAUGACACUGACAAAGAUGCGUUGUUAACCUACUAUGGAAUGAAAACUGACAUCAGACCGGAUGCCGCCAAAAUUAAAAUAAAUAUGGAUAAAAAUAAAAAUAGUCUUAUCGAAGCCUAUUGCAAAAAAGGAAUAGCAAUGUGUAAACUAGCCACAAUAGAUUCAGUUCAGAAUAAAGACGCUGCUUCAGAGCAAAUAGAUGAAAUAGACGCUAUUUAUUCGGAUAUCAUCAAAUUUAUCGAUCCAAUGGAUCUGAAGGUAAUUCAUUUUACAUUAUGGCAUGCGUACGUUCACUGUCACUACGGUCGGAUUGCGAAAUGUCUCCAGAAAUUAUAUGAAGAUAAAGCUAAUAAAGAUGUCCUGGAAGAGCUCCAAUCGUUAACUGCAGAGAAAAAAUGGGAUCAUAUUACUAAGCAGCUACGUCGAAAUUGUUUUUAUGCUAACCCAGGUUCUUAUCGACCAUUUUAAUAUUAAUGCUAGAUCAACUUGUGUUUAAUGUUCGAAAAAAUAAUUAAGCAAGUCACAACAGCUACAAGAAGGCAAUCCACAUUAUUUCCUACAUUUGAAAAGCUACAAUUUUUGCAUUUUAAACAGUUUUGUAUGUAGACGUUUUAUUCAAUUGGAAUCUCUCUGCGUGAAAAUUUCAAAGCAAAGUUAAAAAUUAUAUCUGACCUGGAAACCACAGAUUCAUAAGAUGCGCCAUAGGAAGAGCGUAAUAUCCAGUUUUCUUGUAAGAAAAUCAUAGUGAAAUAAAAUUUAUGAUAUAGAAAUUAUUGUA